GGUGCGGGGGGCGGUGUCGGCGCCGCCUCCGUGGGGACAAUAGCGCGGGGCCAUGUCGUGCCGCGGCGGCCGCCAGCCCAGCGAGAGCCGCGCCAUCCCCACCCGCACGGUCGCGCUGAGCGACGCGGCGCAGCUGCCGCCGGAUUUCUGCACCACCCCCGGCGGGACCCUCUUCUCCACCACGCCGGGAGGCACCCGGAUCAUCUAUGACCGCAAGUUCCUGCUGGACCGCCGUAACUCCCCCAUGGCCCAGACCCCACCUUGUCACCUCCCCAAUAUUCCUGGUGUCACCAGCCCUGGCUCAGCCAGCGAGGAGCCCAAAGCUGAUGCCAACAGCCUGAAUCACCAGGAAGGGAAGCCAUCCAUGGGGGACGAUGCUCAGUUCGAGAUGGAUAUCUGAGCAAGAACCACGGAGAGGCAGCAACUCCCCAGACCUGUGCACACCCAUUCGGCUUAACAGGAUCCAUCCUGGCAAGACAGAGGCAGCAGCAGUCCCUGUUGGCAUCCCCUUCCCUGCCUGCCUCCUCCCCUCUUUCUGGGGAGCACGGCUCUGGCUUCUUCCCUUUUGUGGGUGACUGGUCCCAGCAUGUGCCGGAUGGAGCAUCCCUUCCUGAUUCAGCCCUUAUUCCUCCUCCUCUGCCCGCCGGCAGCCUGAUCACCGCCCUUGUUUUUAAAACAUCCCUUUGCCUCUUGCUCCCCCUGAAAAAAAAACUCCUUCUUUUACCAAAAACCUGCUGUUGCUGGCAGCUUGGUGAUCUGGAGCUGUGUCACUCCCUUUCCCCCUUCUCCCAGAAAAUUUGAGCAGCCUCUUGGGAGGAAGAGGAAAGUGCUCCUGAAACCGUUCACUCACUUGCAUGCUUUGGUGCCCCAGGACCUGCUGGCAUUCAGGGGAGGACAAUACUGGCAGCCCAUUCCCUUCGGUGCUCUGGGUGCCCGCAUCCUUCUCCUGCUUGGAUUUCUUCUUGGUCCUUUGACUGGGGGCUGCAUCCCCGACCUGCCAGGACUCAGAGCGACGUAGCCAUAUAUUACAAAAAUUCCCAUGCUUUUAUAUUUUUUUGGUACUAAAAAGGGGCACUUUACUGGCAGCGCUUCUUUUUUUGGGCUGGGGAUAAGCGUCCCUGGGAAAGUGCUUCCUAGUGCUAUUGUUCUUUUUAAUCUUCCCCCUUUAAAAUGUGAAUAAUACCAGAGCAAAAUCCCUGGGCACCCGUUGGAUGUCUCAGGUAUACCUGGGUGCCCAGGGGGAAUGCGGGGGCUCACUGGUGAGGCGCUGCAGGGACGUGCUGCUGCUGCUGGGGCUCUCCGGGUGCUGGCAUCGGUGCUGUCUUCCACUUGCUUUUUGUGCCAGGGCUUCCCCUGGCUGCCUCAUGCUGCCGUGGAUAAAGUGUCUCCACGUUGAACUCCCUGCUGCUGGCAGCUUCACCAGCCUGGCACAUCGUGGCUGUCCUGCCUGUGCCUAGCAUCUAAAAACCCCUGGAAAUGGGAUUGAUUUUUUUUUUUUCCCUUCCUCUCUCGAUGUGACUCUCACCUUGAAGAGCAGCGUUUGGUGAGGGCGUGUGUGGCAGGGGAUGCCGCGGCCGUGCCGUGUUCUGCCCCCUGAGCCCAUUAGCCUGCCUAUUUUUUUUGUUUUGUUUUGUUUUUACUGCCUAUUGGGAGCUGUGAACAGCUUUGUAACCUUCUCAAGUGCCAUUUUAUCAGCCCCCACCUGAGUGCCUGCUCCAUCCCUCCCUCGCCAGGGUCUCCCCCCAGCCCCGGGGACCCUUUGCCUGCAGAGGGGGUGGCAUACGUGCUGCAGGCUUUGUGCACUUUCCGUCUGGUAAUUUAUUUCUCUAGGUGUGCUUGGUGCGUGGCGGCUGGGUGUGAGCUCCCAUCUUCCAGCUGCUUUUCUUGUGGGGCUGCCACUCAUUCUGGGGUGAAAAAGCAAAAACAAAAGAAACCCCAAGGGAGUGGGAUGUCUUUCCCAUCCUUUCCCUUGCACGGGUAGCGCUCAGUGGGAUGCAAUAUGAACUUGUAGCCGGUCUUUGUAGGCGCACGAGUGAGUGAGUGCAAGUAGAAAUAUGUAUAUGCGUGUGGGUGGGUGGUGAUAAAGACACACACAAAUAUAUAUAUUAUAUAUAAAUAAAUAUAUUUUCCUUAAAGCAAAGAUCCUAGGGGGUCUGUUAGGUCCUUGGAAUGAGGGAGCAGCAGGGGCAGGGGCUGAGGACAUGCUUUGCAGGGCAGAGAUGGCCAAUGUGGAUGCAGGGACCCAGCGCCCUCGGCACAGCGACUCCUUUUGGGAAACCUGCUCUCCAAGCCGAAAAAGAAAAUAGAAAAUGUCUGAGGAUAACUUAACUUACGGACAGAAGCCAGUGGGAAACCACUUUUUUUUUUUCUAAAUGCCCCCUUUCCUGACCUCCUUUCAUCCCCGUUCCCUGUCCCAGCGAAUUUCUCCUGGUUCUGUUUUAGAAUCAGUCUCAGGGCUGAAGAGCAAGGAGGGAGUGCUUGCUGGGGCAGCUCCUCUGCUAGUCAAGGUAUAGAUUUGGGAUUUUUUACUGUUUCCAAGCAGGUGUUUGGAGGAGAAAAGCUCCUUGCCAGUGGUUGCUGUUACAGUGAGAUCAAUAAA